GCGGCCGGUUCCGGUGCGGCGCUUCCGGGUCGGGCCGGCGCGGCCGCGGAGCCCCCGCCAUGGCCACUCUGUUCCCGUCGCUCCUGCCGCGCCUCACCGAGCCCCUCUGGUUCAACCUCGACCGCCCCUGCGUGGACGAGACCGAGCUGCAGCAGCAGGAGCAGCAGCACCAGGCCUGGCUCCAGAGCAUUGCCGAGAAGGACAACAACCUGGUGCCCAUAGGAAAGCCAGCGUCCGAGCACUACGACGAGGAGGAGGAGGAGGAUGAUGAAGAUGAUGAAGACAGCGAAGAGGACUCUGAAGAUGACGAGGACAUGCAGGAUAUGGAUGAGAUGAACGAUUAUAACGAGUCUCCUGAUGACGGGGAGAUCAAUGAGGUGGACAUGGAGGGGGCAGAGCAGGAUCAGGACCAGUGGAUGAUCUGAUUCUGCCAUGACCACACCAAACUGGAGCUGGGGAGAGCCCUUGCCCCCCGUGGCUCUGGGGGGCAGGUCAGUGAAGCUCCUCCUGCCAUGGGUGCUGUGUGGGGGCCUUGGAGCGGAGCCCCCCUGGGGGAGCCAGAGGGGCAGCUGUCACCCAGCACAUUGGGGCUGACACGGCUUUUCUAAUAAACUCAGUUUACAAGAAAACAACCCCAAA